AUGCUUCCACACUCUUAUUCCAGUCAAUACUUCCAGCCCUCGAGACUGUGGAGUAUCUACUUCCAGUAUCUUCCAGCCCUCGAGACUGUGGAGUAUCUACUUCCAGUAUCUUCCAGCCCUCGAGACUAUGGAGUAUCUACUUCCAGUAUCUUCCAGCCCUCGAGACUGUGGAGUAUCUACUUCCAGUAUCUUCCAGCCCUCGAGACUGUGGAGUAUCUACUUGCAGUAUCUUCCAGCCCUCGAGACUGUGGAGUAUCUACUUCCAGUAUUUUCCAGCCCUCGAGACUAUGGAGUAUCUACUUCCAGUAUCUUCCAGCCUUCGAGACUAUGGAGUAUCUACUUCCAGAAUCUUCCAGCUCUCGAGACUAUGGAGUAUCUACUUCCAGUAUCUUCCAGUCCUCGAGACUAUGGAGUAUCUACUUCCAGAAUCUUCCAGCCUUCGAGACUAUGGAGUAUCUACUUCCAGAAUCUUCCAGCUCUCGAGACUGUGGAGUAUCUACUUCCAGUAUCUUCCAGCCCUCGAGACUAUGGAGUAUCUACUUCCAGUAUCUUCCAGCCUUCGAGACUAUGGAGUAUCUACUUCCAGAAUCUUCCAGCUCUCGAGACUAUGGAGUAUCUACUUCCAGAAUCUUCCAGUCCUCGAGACUGCUCGUGUCAACACCUAAGGUGUCAACACCUAAGCUGUCAACACCUAAGCUGUCAACACCAAAGGUGUCAACACCUAAGGUGUCAACACCUAAGGUGCCAACACCUAAGGUGUCAACACCUAAGGUGUCAACACCUAAAGUGUCAACACCUAAGCUGUCAACACCUAAGCUGUCAACACCAAAGGUGUCAACACCUAAGGUGUCAACACCUAAGGUGCCAACACCUAAGGUGUCAACACCUAAGGUGUCAACACCUAAGGUGCCAACACUUAAGGUGCCAACACCUAAGGUGUCAACACCUAAAGUGUCAACACCUAAGCUGUCAACACCUAAGCUGUCAACACCAAAGGUGUCAACACCUAAGGUGCCAACACCUAAGGUGUCAACACCUAAGGUGCCAACACCUAAGGUGUCAACACCUAAGGUGUCAACACCUAAGGUGCCAACACUUAAGGUGCCAACACCUAAGGUGUCAACACCUAAAGUGUCAACACCUAAGCUGUCAACACCUAAGCUGUCAACACCAAAGGUGUCAACACCUAAGGUGCCAACACCUAAGGUGUCAACACCUAAGGUGCCAACACGUAAGGUGUCAACACUUAAGGGGUCAAUACCUAAGGUGCCAACACCUAAGGUGUCAACACCUAAGGUGCCAACACCUAAGGUGGCAACACCUAAGGUGCCAACACGUAAGGUGUCAACACCUAAGGGGCCAACACUUAAGGUGCCAACACCUAAGGUGUCAACACCUAAGCUGUUAACACCUAAGGUGUCAACACCUAAGGUGCCAACAUGUAAGGUGUCAACACUUAAGGGGUCAAUACCUAAGGUGCCAACACCUAAGGUGUCAACACCUAAGGUGCCAACACCUAAGGUGGCAACACCUAAGGUGCCAACACCUAAGGUGUCAACACCUAAGGUGCCAACACUUAAGGUGCCAACACCUAAAGUGUCAACACCUAAGCUGUUUACACCUAAGGUGACAACACCUAAGAUGUCAACACCUAAGGUGCCAACACCUAAGGUGCCAACACCUAAGGUGUCAACACCUAAGGUACCAACACCUAAGGUGUCAACGCCUAAGGUGCCAACACCAAAGGUGUCAACACCUAAGGUGCCAACACUUAAGGGGUCAACACCUAAGGUGCCAACACCUAAGGUGCCAACACCUAAGGUGCCAACACCUAAGGUGUCAACACUUAAGGUGCCAACACCUAAGGUGCCAACACGUAAGGUGUCAACACCUAAGGGGUCAACACCUAAGGUGCCAACACCUAAGGUGCCUACACCUAAGGUGCCAACACCUAAGGUGCCUACACCUAAGGUGCCAACGCCUACGGUACCAGCACCUAAGGUACCAACACCUAAGGUGUCAACACCUAAGGUGUCAACACCUAAGGUACUAACCCCUAAGGUACUAACACCUAAGGUACCAACACCUAAUGUAGCAAUACCUAAGGUGUCAACACCUAAGGUGUCAACACCUAAGGUGUCAACACCUAAGGUGUCAACACCUAAGGUGUCAACACCUAAGGGACCAACACCUUAG